CCACAACUUUUCGCCUGCAGCUGAGGCUCGUGGGAAACUUCUAGAAGUUACACAUAUAUAUAUUUAUAUGUGCAUAUAUAUGUAUUUAUGUUUCCACACGAGUAAAGUGGGCUUUCAGGAUCGGAAUGGACGGUAAAGUCAUUGGACCGGGUCCGUACAGAGCGACCAAGCUGUGGAAUGAAACCAUUAAACUGUUCCGCGGAGGAAUGCCGCUGAGGAGGCACUGGGCGCACUUCCGCUACCACGAGUGCAGCUUCACGGGAUCCGAGGCCGUGGACUAUCUGCACGAGCUGCUGAGGCGCAACUACAACUUUGGGCCCGAGGUGACGCGCUACCAGACUCUGCAGCUGCUCCGGAAGUUCCUCAAGGCCCACGUCGUCGAAGACGUCAAAGGACGCCACGGGACGGAGGACUUUGAGGACGGCGGGCACCUGUACAGGUUCCCCGCCUCGUCCCCGCUCAAGUCUUUCCCACCGAGGCCUCUGCUGAGAGACGGCGGUGACCUUCCUCGACUCAUUCGCUGGGAUGACUAUGAAGAAUUUCCCCAGAGGGAAAGCACCGCACCCCUGAAGUCAUCCGUCAUGGCCUCCGAUCCGUGGAACAAGAGGCACAGCGUUGCUCUCGGGGACGUGCACGAGUGCAAGCUCAUCCGGAGGAAGGAGAUCACGCCGAAGCAAGUGGACCACAUCUGGAAAUCGAUGACAGUCGCCCACCUCCAGCGGGUGCUCGGCCUGCGGUCCUUGGACGGCGUUCUGGACGUCGCGCUCGUCCACGGCAAGCACAUCGUUCACAACGUGUUCGGCGUGAACAAGACGGGCGUCGUCGUGCUGGAGAACAAAGCCGAGGACAUGCCGUAUUGGGUGGCGUCGGCCAUGAAAUGCCUCGCCAAUUGGCCCAAUGGCAACGAGAGCAAACAGCCAGUGUACCCGGGCUUCGAGAGGGAUGUUCUGAGAACUGUGGCGGACUAUUUCCAGAGACUCAAAGAACCCCUGCUGACUUUCCAUCUCUAUGAAGUCUUCGUCAACAUCCUCAGUCUGCUGCCCCAGCAGCAAGAAGCCACCGAGGCUCUCCAAGUCAGCUGCCUCCUGCUGCCGCCGGCCAACCGGAGGCGCCUGCAGCUGUUGAUGCGUCUCAUGGCGCGGGUCUGCCACAAUCCCCACCUGCCUCCGCUCAACGACGCCAUCGCCACCCGCACACUGAUGGUGCAGAUGUUCUCGCACUGCGUCCUGGGCUCGCUGGAGGAGAUGGACGUGGAUGAGCUGCUGGCCACCAAGCUGGUGGUGUUCAUGAUGGAGCACCACCACGCCAUCUUCCAGGUUCCCCCCCGGCUGCGUCGCCAGGUCGAGGAGCACCUGUCCCACCUCAAGAGAGUUCAGAUCAAAUACGCGGGUUCAGAAACCGACUUCAGUGCGUCUCCGGCGUUCUGUAAGCAGAUCAGCCGGGUGGAGUGCGAGGAGCGCACGGUCAUCGGAACCCAGACGCCGCUGCAGGCGCUGCUGGAAGGCCUGAUCGCCGACCGGGAGCUGCCCGCCAAGGACAAGAGGAAGCGCCUCAAACAGUUCCAGAGGUCGUACCCAGACGUCUACCUGCGGCGGCUCCCCACCCAGGAGAGCAGGGCGGCCGUCGUGCCUGAGAGAAGCCCGUGGCUCAAACCCCACCUCAUGUUCUUCAACCUCAAGAAGCCCCUCCAGGCCAUCCAGCCCUUCCAGAGGAGCUGGAGCUUCAGGGCGUGACCAGGAGACCCAGAACAACCAGGCUGAAGAACACUGCUCAAUGACCACGAAUAAUAUGAGUUAGUAUUCAUAAUAAUACAACAUUCCCUCUGUCACGCAGAGCAAACUACGUGUGGACGGCGGUACUGACUCUUUUUAACAAAUGCAUUUGAUUGACAAAGUAUGUGAUGGAACGCUAACGCCAUAAGAACCACGGGUUGGUCUGAGAAUGAACUCCUAAUAGUUGUGUGUUGGUACAUUUUACUACGAAACACCUGUGUGCUAGAGAUGUGUCCUCACGGGCGGCGUCCUCCCCGUAACUGAAUUUAAUUCACUACGUUUCAAAAGUAUUAAUACGCCAGGUGCUAACAUUAUGGGUCGUGACUCGUGCACUCUGAAACCACUUCUAUAGUUUUGCACUAUAACAAAAAAAUAUAUAGAUUUUAAAAACAGAUUACGUCAUUUCAGGCGAUAUUUUAGUUUGUUGUGCGUUUACCUUUUGAUCACACGGUCAUUAAUAUGCUGUAUCCAGGCAACCGGGCCUGAUCCUUUGUGUGUCUUUUUUGCCACUUACGUGGUGUCUGUUUGCUGUUACUGAACCGACACUUUGUCUUCAGGACGUGGUUGAAAAUCGUCGAUGUUUAAAUUUAUCUUUAAAACGUGCACUACUGCGUCUGAAAUAUUGACCUGCUGAAUAUUAAUCUCAGAAUGGGGGGAAGAAGAGGCAAACAUUUCACUGGAUACACAAUGUCCUCUCCCCCCCCCCCCCCCCACUGGACGGCUCUCUAAAACAAUGAUGUCAUGUUUUACUUGUUCUGUAUAUCUGUUCUUAAGUGUUUAAUAUUCGCCUUUUACUGUUUGUCAACGUCCUGCUGUCGGGUUGUUUUUCACUUAAAUUUUAGACUUAAUUUCUGUUUAAUAAGUGAUAAUAAUAAGUGUUGUUUUUUUUCUAUGAAUGUUCUUGAACAAAUGUAAUAAUGCUGGAAUAACUGUUGCACUUGAAUGCUGCUCUGUGCUGGAAGAACUAACAGGAUCAAAGUGAGUCCGUGUUGGAUGUUCCCCAUAAACAUGACGGUUUGUGUAACUAA